GUCUCUCUCUCUGCAGACAGUUGUCAUCAACUGCCGGUCUAACGGUUCCUGAGUGAGAACUUUCUCCACUUCCGACCUCAGGAGUUACUCUAAAGUGAAGAACUUUCCGAGGCCGUCGUUCCUCAGCAGCUCAGACAUGGUUUUGAAGUCAGAAGACGGAGUUGUGCCCGAUGACCUCAGUCCAGAGGAGAGACAGGAGCUGGAGAGCAUCCGCCGCAGAAAACAAGAGCUGCUGCACGACAUACAACGGCUGAAGGAUGAGAUAGCAGAGGUGACCAUAGAGAUCGAAAGCCUGGGCCAGACUGAAGAGAGGAAAAGUAUGCAGAGGAACAAACAGAUGGCCAUGGGCCGAAAGAAGUUCAACAUGGACCCAAAGAAGGGAAUUCGCUUCUUGAUUGACAGCUCCCUCCUGAAAAACACCAGCGAUGACAUCGCCCAAUUCCUCUAUAAGGGGGAGGGGCUUAACAAGACGGCUAUUGGCGACUACCUUGGGGAGAGAGAUGACUUUAACAUCGAGGUUCUGCACGCCUUCCUGGACUUACACGAGUUCACAGACCUGAACUUGGUCCAGGCCCUGAGGCAGUUUCUGUGGAGCUUCAGGCUGCCGGGCGAGGCUCAGAAGAUCGACCGCAUGAUGGAGGCGUUCGCUCAGAGAUACUGUCGCUGCAACCCCGGAGUGUUUCAGAGCACAGAUACGUGUUACGUGUUGUCAUUCGCUGUGAUCAUGCUGAACACCAGUCUACACAACCCCAACGUGAAGGACAAACCAUCGGUUCAGAGAUUCACGGCGAUGAACCGAGGGAUCAACGACGGAGGAGAUCUGCCGGAGGAUCUACUCAGGAACCUGUAUGACAGCAUCAAGAAUGAACCCUUUAAGAUCCCAGAGGAUGAUGGGAACGACCUCACACACACCUUCUUCAACCCCGACAGAGAGGGAUGGCUGCUCAAACUCGGCGGACGAGUAAAAACCUGGAAGAGACGCUGGUUCAUUCUCACAGAUAACUGCCUCUACUACUUUGAAUACACCACUGAUAAAGAACCUCGGGGAAUCAUUCCACUGGAGAAUCUGAGUAUCAGAGAAGUCGAUGACUCAAAGAAACCGAACUGCUUUGAGCUCUACAUCCCAGACCACAAAGACCAGGUGAUCAAAGCCUGUAAGACGGAGGCAGACGGCCGGGUGGUCGAGGGGAACCACACUUUUUACAGGAUCUCUGCUCCGACCGUAGAGGAGAAGGAAGAGUGGAUGAGCAGCAUCAAAGCCGCCAUCAGCAAGGACCCGUUCUACGAGAUGCUGGCUGCCCGGAAGAAAAAGGUGUCGACUCUGAAGGGUCUGUAGAGCCACUGAGGAGGACACAUUGACUUUUUGUGGACCUGAAACACACGGACCUGUCACGGGGGAGCUCUUCUUCUCUUUUGUUCAAUACCAGCACCUUCUUCUCUACAGUCAGACUCUUGAUCUUCUUUUAAACACUCCUCCUGCAGUGCUGUAUGACUGCACUCCCCUCUGUUCACAACAGUUAAAAUGUGUCUGACCUCAGGAACACUCAGUGUUCAGCCUGCUGUGGAACAACACGACAAAGGAAGGAGUUAUAGCUGGUUAAUAAAUCCUUUCCUUACAGAGUUAUGAUCCUACGACUCUUAAAUUAGUAAAUGAUCAAUCUUUAUUUUGACUUGUUGAGGUCUGUGUCCUAGACUUGAAGUAAACAUCUCACACAUUCAGACACUUGAUGGAGAAUCUACUGGAACACAAAGUGCAGGACUCAUCUCGUCUGGGACUCUCUCCUCCUCGUUCACUCUGUUUUGCCAUGGAUACGUUUUUUCUAAGCCUGUUUUCUUACUGCUGUUCGUCUUUAGUCAAAGAACUGUUACUGAAAAGGAAGGCAAUGCUUAAAAAGCAGAAUAUUUAUUUAUCCAGAUUUCUUGUAUUUAUUGUUUCAAGUUUUGUCUCAUUAAAAGUUUGCAGAACAAUGCUCA